UAUACUAACAUGAGGCCUGAAGGAUACACAGUACAACACACACUAACCCCCGAAUCCGCAACAGUUGUUAAACAAGCUCUUGGUCUAGCUAGAAGGAGAGGCCAUGCCCAAGUCACACCUCUUCAUGUAGCAAGUGCCAUGCUCACAUCCCCAACUGGUCUUCUUCGAAAGGCUUGCCUCGAAAUCAACACACACCCUUUACAAUGCAAGGCUCUUGAGCUUUGUUUCAACGUUUCCCUCAAUCGUCUUCCUACUUAUCAAUCUAGCCCAAUCAUGUUAAGCAGUACAAAUCAUCAGUCUCACCAUCCUUCUCUUUCAAACGCUUUGGUAGUGGCUUUCAAGCGUGCUCUAGCUCACCAACGUCGUGGUUCUAUUGAAAACCAAGUACAUCAACCUGUUUUAGCUCUCAAAGUGGAGGUAGAACAGUUGAUUAUUUCCAUCCUAGACGAUCCUAGUGUGAGUCGAGUCAUGAGGGAAGCCGGAUUUUCUAGCACCCAAAUCAAAAAAAGUUUUGAGCAAAGUGUUUCUGUUGAGAUAUCUUCUCAUAGGCCUCUUGCCAAUUCUUACCAAGCCAAAGAAAAUAUUAAGCCCAUAUUACAAGAAUUUCAUGUUAGCCAAGAUAGUACUAAUAAAUCAAAACUGUCCCUCAGAAUACGCGAUGAAGAUGUGAUGAGCGUCAUAGAUACAAUGAUGGAAACGAAAAGAAAAAACAUUGUUGUCAUAAGGGAAUGUUUGGUUAGUGCUGAUGAUAUAGUUAGAGGAGUUAUGGACAAGUUUGAGAGAGGAAACAACAUGGUUUUUCCGGGCAAUUUAAGAUUCGUGCAGUUUAUAAGUCUUUCUUUACACUCAUUAAGUCAUCUUUCGAGAGAAGAGAUUGAAAAUAAGAUAAAGGAGCUUGCUUGGCUACUGAAAAGCCAUGUGGACCGAGGAGUGAUCUUAUAUCUUGGUGAUCUCAAGUGGGUGUCUGAUUAUUGGGCGAAAUACAGCGAUAAAAGAUUGAAAACUUGCUAUUAUUCUCCAAUGGAGCACAUGAUCAUGGAGCUUAGCAGGCUGAUGUUUGGGUUUGGAGAUAGUAGGAAGUUAUGGCUAAUGGGGAUAGCGAACUCUCAAACUUAUAUGAGUUGCAAAACCGGUCAUCCUUCUCUCGAAACUCUAUGGGAUCUUUUCCCUUAUACAACUCCUGUUGGUGGCUUGGACCUCACCCUCAAUCUUGAUAGACAAGAUUCGCCGAUUCACCAGAAACUACUCACUUGCUGCGGUGAGUGUUCGGAAAAUUUCAAAACAGAAGCUAAAAGCAUAACCAACUAUUUAAACAACGAGUCCAUUGCUGCUGCUACAACCUCUACUUUGCCAUUAUGGCUCCAACAAUACAAAGGAAAGAAAUCAAUGCAAACUACUAAUGAACAGGAACGAGAUAGAGUUGGAAGCCUUUGCAAAAAAUGGAACACAAUUUGCAGUUCGCUUCACAAACAACCUCAUUUUCUUGACAAAGCAUUCCAACUUCCCUCUCCUUCCUCCGUGUCUUCGACAACCUUGCAUGAGCACCAUCAGAAUUGGCCCAUAAUACCCGAUUCCAACAAAGUCCCAAAAGAGCACCAGUUUUUCACAUUUGAAGUCAAUAGUGAUGAUGAUGAUGGUUUUGAUGAGGGACAUGUAAACCAACCAGUGGCCGUAAAACCAGACCUUCUAUCCAACCCAAAUUCUAGUCCAAAUUCAGCUUCUUGUAGCGAGGCAAAUGAUGAUAACGAUGAACGGUUCUUGAACAACUUCACAGAGAUUAGCUCCGAGAACAUAAAUAUUUUAACAAAGGCAUUGGAAAAAAGAGUUCCUAGGCAAAAAGAGAUUGUCCCGGAAAUUGUUAGUACUAUCCUUCGAUGUAGAGCUGGAUUAAGCGGAAGGAAAGGAAAAGAAGAUACGUGGUUAUUUUUCUUAGGUGCCGACAACCAAGGAAAAGAGAUGAUUUCAAAAGAGCUAGCCACAGUCGUGUUUGGCUCAAAGAACAACUUCCUUCAAAUUAGUCCGAGUUGUUAUGAAGAACCAAAGUCCAACUUGACGGAAGAUGAUCAAGAGUUGAUUAGUAACAAAAGAGCAAGAAAUGAAAAUGGUCAGAGUUAUAUAGACAGAUUUGCAGACGCGGUUGAGGAAAAUGCUAGUCGUGUUUUCUUCAUAGAAGAUUUGGACCAAGUUGAAUAUCAAUCCCAAAUGGGAAUCUAUAAAGCAAUCGAAAGCGGAAAAAUCACACAGUCUUGUGGCAGAUUAGUUGAUCUCAAGGAUGCCAUUGUCAUUCUUAGUUGUGAAAACUUCACAUCAUGCUCUCCUAUGUGGCAGAAACACAGGAAGAGCGAACCGGCGCCCUUGUUGGACUUGAACAUUGAUGCCAGGGAUAUUGAUAUCUUGAGUUCAGUGGAUAAGCAUGUCAUUUUUAAUAUCUGAUAUAUAUGUGAAGGAAACAACCAUGUUAAUGGUUGAUUUUUCUAUUUCCCAAUUUUCCAUCUGAUUUUAAUUAAUUUCCUUAUACUUCA